AUGAGAAACACUUGCAAACUCCCAUCAGCGGCGGUAUUUUUGGAAACCAAAACAAUGUGAAAUUGAGCUGUUCGCCAGGGUAAUGUGGGAAAAUUUUUCAAAAAACGCAUAUAAAGCGCAUUCUGAGUUUUGAAAUAGACAUCAAACACAAAUUAGAAUCUCGAUGGAUUCGGACAAUGAGGAAAUCCCUGAGUUGGUGGAGGCGGAUUUGAAGCCAGUUCCAGUCACAAUUGUUACAGGGUUCCUGGGCUCAGGGAAAACGACCCUGCUAAACUACAUCUUGACCGAACAGCACUCAAAGAAAAUUGCCGUCAUUCUUAAUGAGUUUGGAGAAGGGAGUGCCGUGGAGAAGAGCUUGACAGUUGGACAGGAUGGAGAGCUUUUUGAAGAGUGGCUUGAACUUCGGAAUGGGUGUCUGUGCUGCUCAGUCAAGGACAAUGGAGUAAAGGCGAUUGAAAACCUCAUGCAGAAAAGAGGAAAAUUCGACUACAUCUUGCUAGAAACAACUGGACUUGCCGACCCUGGUCCCAUAGCCUCAAUAUUUUGGCUUGAUUCGGAUUUGGGAAGCAGUGUUUUCUUAGAUGGGAUUAUUACUGUAGUGGACGCAAAAUACGGAUUAAAGAAUCGCGAAAUUACGAGCGACACAGAGGCGGCGAUCAAUGCGGCCGAGCGGCAGAUCGCGCUGGCAGACCUACUAAUUUUAAAUAAAGCUGAUCUUACGAAUGAGGCUGAGUUGAACGGGCUAAAAGAGGCGGUCAGGCAACUAAAUGGUGCAAGCGAUAUUGUUACUUCUCAGAGAUGCAGGGUUGAUUUGGACAAAAUCCUCGAUUUGAAGGCGUACUCAGGAAACGGAUUUUCAAGAUUACGUUCGUUGAUGGACGAUGUUUCUAAACUGGAUGGCUUGUCACACAUUGACUCGAGCAUCAACACAGUCACUUUUGAAUGGUCCACCCCGCUGAGCGAGGACGUGAUCAACUUAUUUGCGCAGAGGAUACUGUGGGAAAACGCUCUGCAUCCAGCAGCCAUCAUUCGAAUGAAGGGACUAAUAAAAGCAAAGGAAAACGGCGGCGGCGACGACGACGGUGGUGCUGCUUUUUUCAUGCUGCAAGGCGUCUACGAGAUGUACGACCUGCAGCCGGUGCCCGGCCAGUUCCUCGACGACGCCGACGCAGCCGCUGCCUGCCGCUUCAUCAUCAUCGGUCGCGGAGUGAAAAAGGAUGAGGCAAUGGACUUGCUGCGAAUAUGCGUGUCUGACUCAAGUUCUUCCGCUAGAUAAUUUGGAAAUUUAAAUAAAACUCCCUUGGUGAAACUAA